AAACAUCAAUCGUUGUCUACAAAAGUUUUUUUCCUAUACAAUAUCUUGGUAAUAUCUUUUCUCAACCAAAAGGGUGAAAGAAUCAUAUUGCUCACUUGGCAUGUCGACAAAACAAAAAGCUUAAACCACCGCGUCGUUCAUGUUAUUUUCGCUACCGAUAUUAACACACUUCCUCAUUCUUUCCCGAAUCCUUUGUUUAGAUCUAUCCAAUUCACUCUUCACGCUUAAUUCUUCUUCUUCCUCUGUCUGUGUUUUCUUCCAAUCAUGAUUUUUUCAAGGAUUGGGCGCUCACUCUCGCGCUCUUCACGGGCCAAAGAAUAUUUGCGCGGUGAUGCGAAAUUGGGAACCCUUCUCGGAGCUACGCGAACGAAUGUGCAUUCACAAGGAACAGAAUUGGGAUUAAGGUUUUUCAGGGGAUAUGUUGCUCAUGCUAGAGCUCGUGGAAACGGAAUCCUUUCCAGUUUGCCUGAUUUUAAGUGUGUUCCGGCGAACCCUAAGAUUCAUUACCGGUUGUUUUUCAGCGAAAGAUCUAAGAAGAAUAAAGAGUCAGAGACAAACAGAGAUGAUCAUGGAAAUGUUUACUUUAUUCCCUUUAAGCAACUUUUUAUCUCUUCUUUGGUAAUGGCGCUAAUCACGGUUGCAUGCUUUUAUCGUCCUGAAGGGCAACAGAUUAACUUUCAGGAGUUUAAAUAUGAGCUUUUGGAGCCACGUUUAGUAGACCAUAUUGUUGUGUCAAUAAAUAAGUCAAUUGCCAGAAUAUACGUGAGGAAUACUCCACGUAACCAAACAGACAGUGAAGUUGUCGAAGGAACCCUCCCCGCGAAGGGAACUGGUGGGCAGUAUAAAUUUUAUUUCAAUAUUGGAAGUGUGAAAUCUUUUGAGGAGAAUUUAAAAGCAGCACAAGAAGAACUAGGCCUUGAACCCCAUGAUUAUGUUCCUGUUACAUAUUCUUUUGAAGUGGAUUGGGAGCAGGAGUUGAUGAGUCGAACGGUAGCAGCAGUCUUUUUGGGUCUGCAAGUUCAUGGAUGAAGGGUGAGAGCAAAGUUGAUGGCAAAUGCAACUGUGGUAUGGACGUGAUUCUCCUUGAGUUUGGCACAGCUACUAAUUCUGGGAGAUGGGUUAUUAGUUGUCCUCAAUGGAAGACAAAGGAUUGCCAAUACUUUGUAUGAGAUUGAAGGAGAAUGAAUAGGGUUGGCCAAAGCACUAAUAGGAGCAAAGAAAGAUGACAUCCGUGGCACUGGAAAUGCGAAUGUGAUUCGAGUAGCACUGUAGCAGAGGAGAAGGAUAUGAAGAUUGUGAUGAAGCUAGGUGGCCUAAAUGCAGGUGAUGGCCAUCUAGCUGUAGAUGAGCUUGCUGCUUGCCCCUAUAGAUGAAGUUGACAUGAAUUGUAUAAACCUUGUGGUAGUUUCACGGCUAGCAUGCUACAUGGUUUGACAGCUCACUGUGGGCCUGAUAUGAUUUGUGGAUAGAGCAGCGUUCGGUGCGGCAGCCCUAGGAGCAGUGUUGGUAGGGCUAGGAGGUUGGAAUCUUGUUUCAAGUGAACCUGGAGGCCUCCUAUAGUUAAUCUCCUAUUGGGUAGCUUCUUAUUUCCUCCACCACUUGUAGUGACAUUUGUGGUGGGUGGCCUGGAUAGAGGCGGUCUAAUUGGUGAAGGCCGAACUACGGUCUGAUUAGACGGAGCAGGUGGUGGGUUGGUAACAAACACAUAACCAAAAACAGUAAUUAUCACUCCCUAAACUAAUUAUUCAACAAGAGACAAGUAAAUGAUAUAACAUGGACAGUUCAAACCUGUGAUGCAGUAUUUGAAGCAUUAUCAUUGUAGCCCUCUGCUUCCGCUGCUUCCAACGUCUCCUCCCAGUACAUCUCUUGUUGUAGUUCAUCAUCUUCAUCUAUAUCCACUGGUGCUCCUUGAGGACUAUGGGCUGGUCUUUUAUACACAGGUGAUAAAAUUGGAGCAAUAUUAACCUUUUCCCAAAACUCUAGGCUUAGAACAAGUUGGAUCAGAUACUCAUAUGUGGAGUUAUAUGCAGCAACAGUUAACCAAUUAUGUCCAUAAUCCUCUAGUCUACGAUUUUAGUAGGCUAGUGCAGCACAUGCAUACUUGCAUGGCAAUCCAAUCAAUUGUCAAAAGCGACAUGUACAAGUUCUUCUACCCAGGUGGACACUCACCUUUGAUGGCAAGCACUGCACUUCGAAGACAUCACCAUUGUCAUCUCCAGUAGGAAUCGGACGCCACUUGUUAGUCUCUCUUUUCUCUCUUUCCAGUCUACUCUGCUGCACUGGUGUUAGCCUUCCAAUAUAAGCAACUAACUCUUUUUUGUUCCCAGCCAAGAUUCUCAUCACAUAACAGCUUAUCUCCUCUAGCAUAGUUAUUAAAUAUUACAUAGGUAGUUAUUAUAAAAUUGAGAUUCACUUACAAGUUCAGAAACUAAAUUGAGUAUUAACUCUAAAUCAUUUAAUAAUACGAUGUUAUUAAAUAUUACAUAGGUAGUCAUUAUAAAAAUCAAACAAGUUUGUCUCAAAGAUAGUAAAAUUUUUUUGAUUAAUUAUCAAAAGAAUUUUAAAAUUAUAUUAUUAGUCUCUCAAAAAUAUUUUUUUUUUUGAACUAAUAUUGAUUUCAAUUAAUGUUAUGCACGCCAUAACACAAACUUAAUGAACAUAUGGGUUUAUUAUUAUUGUUAUUAUUAGAGGUUUAAUUAGCUUUAAUGUGUACAAGGCACCAUAUUCCCACAUCUUAUAUCACCCACAAAGUGGGCUGUGUGAAAGCUGAUCAAAACUACAACCAAAUUGAACUUGGUGAUUGUAAAAAAGCAAGUGGGUGGAAUCAAGAGGGAGAAGAUCAAAUUGAAUGGAGAUCAUUGUUUGAAAUCUCUUGGAACAGAAGGUGAUCCUGCUGUUGUCUCAUCUGAUUGCUCAUCAAGUGACUUAAGUAGUUCUUGGAAGUUCAUAUCUCAUUCUGGUUUGCAUUUACAAGACAACAAUACUGGAUUGUGCUUAGACAAAGAUAGAAACUCAUCAAUACUAGUCACAAAUAAAUGCAUUUGUGUUGGAGAUGAUACUGGGUGUUUGGAUAAUCCCCAGAGUCAAUGCUUUCAAUUGGUUACAACAAAUGUUGAAUAAUUAUGUUAUUUCUAUCAUAAUUAUAUAUAGAGGCCAUUAUGUGGAGAACAUCAUCAUCCUCCAUUGGACGUUAGUGUUUUAUUCAUAUUUAUAAAAAAUGAAUACAUUCAUUCUCUUAUUA